AUGGCGUCCAACCAGCUCCCCGGUCCAGCUUCGGGGAGGACGAGCAGCGCGGCUAGCCAUCGCAAUGGGUCCAUUCCUCAACAACGAACCUCGUUGACGGCAAUGCCCCCAGCUCGUCCGACCCGCUCUCCCCAACCGUUUGACCGGAACUCGGACCAAAGCGCCAGGAAUAAGCCACUCUCAACCGGCACUGGCGCCUCGUCUCAGCACAGCUCGCUCUCGGUCGGCGCGCAACUGAUCUACGAAAAGCCCGUGGAACGGCCCCGCAAGCUGCGGUCACAAUACCCACGGAGCAGCUCCGAGAACCACGUCGAAUACAUCCUCGUCGCGUCGUUCGACAUCGACCGCGGGCCGGUCAUGGAACACCAGUACCCUGUAGCCAUCACAGGCGACGAACACAUGCUUGCCGAGCUCAUGCUUCCCGAUCAGGCGCACGUCCGGAAUCAGGACUGGACCAUCUUCUUUCUUCACAAGGACACCAGCCAGGAGGAGGACGACGCGGAACGGCAAGCGAAGGAGGCCCGGCGGGCCCGGCGGAACAGGAAGCGGGAUCGGGCGAGGGGGAUAAUACAUGAAUCGGAUGAUGAGGGAGGGGAACUCAAAGGUUUGGAUGACGACGAUGACGACGACGACGAUGAUGAUGAUUUCUGGGACGACGAUGAAUCUACCGACUCGGAGCCAGACGGUUUUGAAGGACCACCGCUGGUUUAUGUUCUUAAUCUGGUCAACACGAAACAAGAUAAAACGGUCAAGCGAGGCGCGGUGGUGAAAGCCAUGGCCAUUUGUACCCGACACCCUUUUCUACAUAUUUACAAGCCCCUUUUACUACUAGCCCUGGAGGAAUACUUCAAGUCGCCCGUCCCUGAAACGCUAGCGCUCCUGUACAACGCCGUGAACGAGAUGGACCUGUCGCUCAUGCCGAAGCUGAACUGGCUUGAGCGGCAUCUCCUACAGUCGAGUGAGAAUAAGGAUCUCUUCGUCGAAAAGUUCGAGGAAAUGAUACAGGCGCGAAUCAUGGGGGCAUCCGGGGUAGACCAGCCUCUCGACGCCAGCAAAGGCCCGCCCUCGCGGCCCAGCAUCUUCCGCUCGGGAUCGAGGGCUCACAUCGAGGGCCACGCGGUGUAUGUGGUGCCUCGAGACACUCACGAGUUCGAGAGCAAAGUACUGUACAAGGGCAUCCCCAUUCCGAUCAAGGUCCCCGUGGCCGUAAUGCCCGAGAUCGUCGGCGAUUUCUCCUUGAUCAAGCUAAUCCAGAACUUUUCCGAUUCACACUCCAAAACACCCCAUAGCUUCCAACUCCACCCCCAUCUAACCACCAACGGCCCCAACACACACCCCAUCAUCGUGCUCAUCAACGCUCUCCUAACCCAGAAACGGGUCAUCUUCCUCGGCCACAACAUGCCGUCGGGCGAAGUGGCCGAAGCCGUCCUAGCCGCCUGCGCGCUCGCAUCAGGCGGGAUCCUCCGCGGCUUCACGCGCUACGCUUUUCCCUACACCGAUCUAACCAAGGUCGACGACCUGCUCAAGGUCCCCGGGUUCAUCGCGGGCGUGACCAACCCGACCUUUGAACACCACCCGGAGUGGUGGGAUCUACUGUGCGACCUGCCCAGCGGCAAGAUGAAGAUCAGCACGAAGAUCGAAGCGGCGCCCAUCACCGAAGGAUUGGUGUACUUUCAACAACAAAACCCAGCGUACGCGAACCUGGUGCACAACUCAGCCGGCAACGGCGGCGGCGGCGGCGGCGGGCUGUCGUCCUCCUCGUCCUCAUCCUCAGCCGCGAACGACCUGACGGGCGACGCGGCUUUCAUGGCGGAUAUCCUCCGCAGCAUCACGACGCGGGCGGGCGAGCGGGUGAUCCGGGCCAAGUGGCGGGCGUGGGUGCUCAAGUUCACGCGCAUCGCGGCGGCCUUUGAGGAGAGUGUUUAUGGUGCUAGUGCGUUGUAUACGGGGCAUGGGGAUGAUGGCCAAGAAGGGUUGCCGAGUGCGAUUGGGAGCGCGCAGGGGCAUGGGUAUGUCUGGGUGGAUGAGGCGACGAAGGCGAAGGAGUUGGCUGGUAAUGUGGCGCGGAUUGAGGGGUGGAGGAAUACUAGAAGUUAUUACAGCUUUAUCCAGGACAUCGCCCGCCUCUCCCUCAUCCGCCCCCUCCGCGGCCUCGACCUCGGCCACCUCCACGACCGACUCCGCACCCAACGCCUCACGCCCGCCCAAAGCCGCGACAUCUACGACACCCUAGCCCAACACGUCCGUUCCUACGACGAAAUCUGCCUCCUCCUCAGCGUCGCGCCCGAGUCCCAGGCGGGUCUAUUCUACAUCGCCCUCGGCCUGUUCCACAAGGACCGUGAGGUGCGGUUCCGUACGGCUGAUCUGCUGGAGCGUGUGGCUGAACACGAGGCUGGACAGCACUGGUGGAGGGUGUUGAGCCGGUUUGAGAAAUUGGCGUAUGUGAGGAUUAAGAGGGAGGCGGAGGCGGAGGCGAGGGCGAAGGGGGGGAAGGAGGAGGGGAUGAUGGGGGAUGUGGGGAUUGGGAGGGUUGCAUAA